CAGCCGGCGAACAGCUGUUCCGUUAUCGAAGAAAUGUUAGGUUGUGUUUUUCAUUGAUUGGAUUGGAAAAAAUGGCAUUAACUAAUUUAUUAGUGAGAAACUAUUUAAAAACUGUUAUAUGUAAUAAUAAUCCUUUGCUAAUAACUGCGCGCUUGGGGCACACAAUACGUGGCAAACGGCCGGGAGUCGCUAGGUCAUUGGAGCAACGUUUGCAGGAGGAAAAUGCUAAAGACCCCGAGCUAACCGCGCGUGUUAACAUUGGGUUUCCACGUUUGAAACCUUCACGCUCUGAACAAUUGAAGGAGCGCCUGGCGCACUUGAAAGCACAACGAUCUAGCGAAGAAGUGGAGAAGUUGGCUCGCUCCAACAAAUUACUUAUUGAUCUGGAUGAAGUACAGUCAGAAUAUCGGGCCACUAAUGGACAAUAUGAUUUGCGUGUGAUUGCUGACCAUUAUGGCAUUUUUGACGAUUUAUUCGGUUUGGCAUAUUUUGUGCCGCGCGUUGUAUUAAAUGUGAAGUAUCACAUGGAUGGCGAUACACACGGCCUUGUUUAUAAUGGCAACGUCAUAAAGCCUGCAGAGGCAGUAAGUGCGCCGGAGGUUACCUUCGAUGGAACGAUUGAUCCAAUAACAGGAAAGAAAUCUGAAGGUGAUUUUUUCUGGACGCUUGUUGCCUCUAACCCAGAUGCACACUUUUCCGACAGUUCAUCUGAAUAUGUACACUGGUUUAUAUCGAAUAUUCCAAAUGGUGACGUUAAGAAGGGUGAAGUGCUCGUAGACUACUUACCACCUUUUCCACCAAAGGGCGUGGGCUAUCAACGUAUGAUCUUUGUGCUGUACAAACAAAACGGCAAAUUAGAUUUCAGCAAAUACAAGCUGCCUACGAGCGACAAGUAUAAUUUGGAGAAGCGUACAUUUAAAACACUUGAUUUCUAUCGCGAACAGCAGGAUAAUAUUACACCAGCUGGAUUGGCAUUUUUCCAAAGCGAUUGGGAUAGCUCACUUACAAAGUUCUACCACAAUGCUUUGAAUAUGAAGGAGCCGAUAUUCGAAUAUGAUUUCCCCAAGCCCUACCUGGCUGAUCAGAAAUUCUUCCCUCUUAAGCAGGCGUUUAAUUUGUAUCUGGAUCGCCACCGUGACCCUAAGGAAGUUAACAAGGAAUACCUAGAACGCAAAUUAGCGAAAACGCAUCCAUUUGAAGGUCCCGAAAAACCGUUGCGUUUUCCAAAUGCACAUCCAAUACGUGGUGUGCCUUCAUGGUUAAAGACAGAAAUACGCAAACGUCGAUUGGGCAUCGGGCGCAUUAAUGAUUACAAAUAAGCGAUGUAAUUCUAAAUUUGGCGGUGUGUUUUACAGUUUAGAAAAAAUAUAGUAAACGUUAAUUAAACUCUUAUAAAUAUAUGUGUGUUUUGAGCUAAUGUGCAGGAAAUUUGAACGCUUGUUCUGGAAAAUUAAAAUAAAAUCGUUCCAAUAAUCGAGGGAUCACUGUAGUAGGAUCGCGGCUCAAAAUUUAGCCGAAAAUACCAGGCGCGCAGAAAUGUGCAGCAAGAAAUCCCGCACCAUUCACAAUUGAUAUCUGAUCAUUAUUAGGCUGUGUUCACACGAGUUCAUAUGAGUUACGGUACACAAUUUGUACCUAAAUCUGCAAUUGAAGACAAAAUGCAUAUUUUGUAGCGCUUUAAAGCGAAAAUGAUAAAAAAAUCAUAUAAUUUUGACUACCGUACCAUGCGGAAGCGGUCGUUUCAUCUGUUCGCUAUAUAACUACAUAUUCAUACACAUUAUCAUGCAUAGUCACUAGUAAAAGUUUAUUAUCAGGUUAUUAUUACAUGUUAUACAUAAAUAAAUAUUAACGUAAAUUGGAUUUAAUCAAAUUUUGGUUUUCUAAUAGAUAAAAUCUAUGUGGUUAAGUGGCCACAUCACCACAUACGUUACAACCGUUUACAUAGCACAUUCUCGUUAUAUUUUCGUUUUUUAUAUAUGUAUGUAUAAACUCCUAAGGAUUGCAUUAAAAUACUAACAAAAAAAUUCUUACAAAUAGAAAACUUUAAUAGAUAUUUUUAAUAAAAGUGCCUUUGCAUAACAAGAAUGCUUUAGAUUAUACAGGUGGUGUUAGGUAUAAAAAUAAAAACUCCAUUUUCGAUACUCGAAUUUUUUGUUUGCUUUUAUUUAAAAUUAGUUUAAAUUAAUGUUAAACAUUUUAAUACUAUCAACAUUUCACUUCCCAAUAUUUGGCAUAUAUUUUUUUUUAUUGGUUUAAGGGGCUCCUUUCGGAAAAAGGAAGUGGAGUUUAUAUUUUCAUACCCACACAAGUAUAGAAACUUAAGAAUUUGCAUUAAAGAUAUCAAACAAUUACAUAUUAUUUUGUCAGUAACAAAUAUUUGGCACAAUUGUUAAUUGUAUUAAAUUGUCGUUCGUUAAAAUGGUAAUGCAUCAAUCACAUAUAUUUCCAAUACAAGUGAAAAUUGUACAAACAAAAUCUAUUCAUAGCUUGAAAGAGAUGACACGCUUGGCGGUUCGACCGAAGCGAACUUAAAGCGACUUGAAAGCUUUAUUUUUACAAUAUUACCCUGCGAAAGCCUUUGAAAUCAGUGCUUUC